AUGUUGCUGCCGCUGCUACUACAUCUACUAGUACUGCUACAAACGUCACUGCAACUACAGCCGACGUCACCGUCGGGCCGCUGCGACGUCCCGCAGAGGCUGGGCGCCGACACGGUGUGCACGUCGUGCGCCGCCGUCACCGGCAGUCUGUGCCCGCGCGGCUUCACCAACACGGGCGUGGCCAACUGCACCUACGUCGUCACCAUCGGCGGCAACGCACUGGCGCUGGACGGCUGCCGCCGACUCUGCUUCAAGAACGUGGUGCGCCCCCAGUGCUGCCCGCAACACUGGGGUCCGCUUUGUCUACCGUGUCCCAGCUGGUCGGGGAAGACGUGCAACUUCCACGGAACCUGCCAGGACGGGGACCUGGGCAACGGGACCUGCGUAUGCGAGGAAGGCUUCGGCGGUUUUGCUUGCCAGUUGUGCAGCAAGGAGAAGACCUACGGCAGCGACUGCAACAAAGCGUGCGAUUGCGAGCACGGCACCUGCGACGAAGGUCCCGACGGUACCGGGCGCUGCUACUGCCAGCCCCCCUACGAGGGAAAAAGAUGCGACAAAGUGAGCAACCGCUGCAGCAAGUGCGCCGCGUACUCGUACUGCGACGGCGGAGGCGAGGUCGCCACGUGCCAGUGUUUACCCGGAUACAGGAAGUCGCCGCAAAACAAAUGCUCCAAAGCGUGUGUGUCGAGCAGCUGCGACGUCAACGCGCACUGCUCCACGCAGGGGUCGAAGGUCAGCUGCGCCUGCAAGGCCGACUACGAGGGCGACGGCCGCGUCUGCGUGCCUCGAAAUCCCUGCGCCUUCAACAACGGCGGCUGCCCGCUCAACUCCACCGUCUGCGUCUUCAAGGGACCCAACAAAGCCGCUUGCGAGUGUAUGUCCGGCAUGACUCGAGUGGAGGGCGUCGGCGAGUUGCGCUGCCACCUGAUACCCGCGUGCAAGCCGGACACCUGCCACUCGUCUGCCGUAUGUCAAACCGGACUUGACGGCAAAGCCAGGUGCGUUUGCCGGCCAGAUGAAAUCGGCGACGGGCGACGUUGCUUCGGCCGACUUAGCCAGCGUCUGUUGGAUCUCAACCGUGACGGACCCCUCAGAGAAACCCUUAAUGGGGCCGUAGACCUUUUCGCGAAAGGUUGCUCGUCGCUGCUGAGCCACAACGGACCCUUCACGGUUUUCGUCCCUCAGCUCACAACACCUCUCAGCUCGGUGAACGAGGAGGAGCUGUGUCGCAACCACCUGAUCCUGGGUCAGCACCUGCUGCGGGAGAUGAUAAACGGGCGAGACUUCGACAUGUACGGCGGCGCCAAAAUGAGGUUCAAAGGCGAUAAGGGUUUCAUUUUACUGCACGAUCCCAAGCACGUUUACAGCGUGGUCAAGCCCGAUCUGCCGGCGUCCAAUGGCGUCAUCCACAUUAUCGAUGGGCCAAUCAGUAUCUCCGAAAUGGACGCCGCGCCUGCUGCUCCUGCGUUUUCAGGAAUGACCAUCGGCGAAGUUGUGAGAAGAGACACCAUCUUCAACCGCUUCCUGUCUCUUGUUGAUAACUGCGGCGCCACACUUCCUCUGAACGGUCCUGGCCCGCUGACGGUCUUCAUCCCCAGCAACCAGGCGGUGGACGACGCCCGAGACGGGAGCAUCUUGUACAUGCUCAACCACGCCAAAUAUAAACUUCAAGAACUUCUGCGGAACCACAUUUACUCCAAAGGCAGUCUGACAUCAGACGACCUGACGUCCCUCCCCCGCAUCGAGACGACGGCCAAUCAGCUGCUGAGCAUCUCGGCGUCGCCCGAGGGCGAUAUCCUUCUGGGCGAAAAGGGCGUGCGCGUGCUGUCGCCCAACAUCCGGGCGCUCAACGGCAUCAUCCACGUCAUCGACGGCCUGCUCUACCCGGCCACAAUUUUACCCGUCAUGCCGCACCGAUGCGACAUCGUCAACAGCAAAAUCAUGACGGGUCCAUGUGUUCACUGCAGUUACCUCUAUGAAACAUCAUGUCCCGUCGGCAGCGUCGAACUGGACAAUCACAUGUUCGGCUGCGAAUACACGCCUCCAAUGCAUCUGGGGCCCAGCAAAGGAUGCGCCAAGUACUGUAACGUCACCACGCGGACGCCCGAGUGCUGCAAAGGUUUCUAUGGGCCCGACUGCAAGCCGUGCAUCGGCGGCUUCCAGAACCCAUGCUACAACAAAGGAUCGUGCAUGGACGGUAUCCGGGGCAACGGCUCAUGCAACUGUCAGCCGGCCUUCGAGGGCGUGGCGUGCCACAUCUGCUCGGACCCGUCCAAACACGGCGAACAUUGCGACGAAGAGUGCCGUUGCAUCCACGGCGAGUGCGACAACCGUCCAGGUAGUGGCGGCGCGUGUCGUAGCGGCUCUUGUCAAGACGGCUUCUCCGGGGAGCGUUGCGAUAAAACCGCUACGCCGUGCAAUGCUGACGGACUGACCGAACACUGCCACAUCUAUGCUUACUGCACGCACAAAGGCCUGCAGAGCACGUGUGCGUGUCGGGACGGCUACGAGGGCGACGGUCACUCGUGCACGGCCAUCAACCGCUGUCUGAAGAGCAACAGAGGAGGCUGCCAUGCCAGCGCCGAGUGCGUGUACGUGUCGCCGGGCUACGUGUCGUGCGUGUGCGUGGAAGGCUGGACGGGUGACGGACGCGUCUGCGUGGAAAUCAACCUCUGCCAGACCGCCGAACGAGGAGGCUGCAGCAAAGAUGCGGACUGCAACCACAUUGGACCGGGGCAGAGCGAGUGUGUGUGUAAAACAGGUUAUAUGGGCGACGGCAUGAAGUGUGAUCUUGUUAACCCCUGCAACACCAAAAAUGGAGGCUGUCACGAAAUGGCAAAAUGUGAGCAGACGGAGGACGGCAACCGCACGUGCACGUGUCCUGACAGCUACGCGGGAGACGGAAUCAUCUGCUACGGAACCUUGAUGGAGGAGCUGGACAUGAACACUCACCUCGGCGGCCUAUUCUACCUGAUCCAUAGGUACAAGGAGGCCGCCCAGGACUUAAGUGGCAAUUUGACUGUGUUGGUCCCAACCAGAGUGGCGAUAGGUAACAUGAGCUCCGACGAAAGAGCCUUCUGGUACUCCAGACACCGCCUCCCGCAUCUUCUAAGGUCUCACUUCCUGCCCAGCGUUUACUCCCUGGAGGAUUUGGAGGUCCUAAUUGGUCGCAAGGUAGCCACUCUGAACACUCCCAUCCAAUGGGAGAUCAGCAACAGCACCAAGGGAAUCGCGAUCGGCGGCGCGUCCAUCGUUAUCCGCAACUUGCCCGCUAUCAAUGGCUUGCUCCACGUCAUCGACAAGGUUCUGUGUCCGGACCGUUCAACGCUCCCGCCCGAGCCGCCCACUCUUGCAACCUUCCUGGAAUCAUCGCCCGACUUCAGUCUCUUUCGACAAUUUGCUCUGACGUCCAACCUUUCCGAGGCACUCGGGGAAAUGGACUUCACGCUUUUUCUGCCCACCGACAGCGCCAUCCGCCAGCACCUGAGCGACACCAACGCCACGCAGCUGGGCGCCGACCAGUUCAAGUAUCACGUGAUUUACAACGAGCUGCUCUUCCCGGACCGUAUGUACGACGGAAUGCUGAAGAACACUCUGUUGGGCGGCGACUACCAGAUUCAGUUCCACAUUAAUGCUGAAAACAAGACGUUCGCCAACGACGUCCCGCUGGACGGCGUUCUCAAGGAAACGCAGCGAGGCGUCGUCAUGGUGAUCCCGCGCGUCCUCGCCGUGCGGCGCAACAGGUGCAGCCGUCAGAUCACCGUGCACGUCAACGGCCGGUGUACUGAUUGUAAGGGAACCCCCCGCUGCCUGAACCGAUACAAGCCAAUGGAAAUGAAGUUCCCGGAAAACAUGAAGUCAAACUGUCGAUAUAGAAAGCGCGUAGGAUCCCGGAGGAAAUCCAUGCCGGGCUGCGUCAUCAAAUGUCUGCAAACUGCCUUGACGCGGUCGUGUUGCCCGGGUUUUUACGGGCACGAGUGCUACAAAUGCCCCGGAGCGGUGGGCAGCCCGUGUUCCAAUCACGGGACCUGCCAGGACGGUCUCCUGGGCAACGGGGAGUGCCGCUGCUACGAGGGCUUUCACGGCACCGCCUGCGAGGACUGCGAGCCCGGACGUUACGGCGAUAACUGCACUUCCAAGUGCACGUGCGACCACGGCAAGUGCGACGACGGUUUGUCAGGAAGCGGCAAGUGCGCGUGUCACAAAGGCUGGAAGGGAGCCUCGUGUUCUAUCGAAAUCAAGGACGACGCAUGCGGAGGAGUGUGUGACGAAAAUGCCAAUUGCAUCACGGGGCCACAGGGGACCGCCGCCACUUGUGUCUGUGUCGCCGGAUACAACGGCAAUGGCACUUCAUGCAAAGAGGUGGACCUGUGCAGUCUAUCCAACGGCGGCUGCUCGCCUUUCGCCACCUGCGCCAAAGUAUCGGCGGGCGUGCGCACCUGCAACUGCAACAAAGGCUAUACAGGCGACGGCGUGGUCUGCCUGGAGUCGGACGGCUGCCUGGUCAACAACGGAGGCUGCCACGAGUCGGCCGACUGCAUCAGAACUGGACCCGACACUGUGGCGUGCAGGUGUAAAGAGGGCUUCCAAGGGUCCGGAAAAUUCUGCUUUCCUAGCAACCCUUGCAGAAACAAAAACGGCGGCUGCAGCAAGUACGCGCGCUGUGAGUAUCAGGGUAUGGGCCAGAGGAUCUGCACGUGCCUCCGAGACCAUGUGGGCGACGGCAUCGAAUGCCACGGGAACACCAAUGCCGAAAUUUUCCGAAACCCGGAAAACGCUUUGUUCCGUUACAUGCUCUCAAAGUCGGACGCUCGGAGUCUCUACGGCGACGGGCCGUUCACCGCCUUCGUUCCCGUGGAUAACAACGACUCGUAUUCCAAGGUUAACGACUGGAAGCUGUCCGGCCGUCUGAAUGAUUUGGUGCGUUACCAUAUCGUCGCCUGCGAGAAGUUGACUUGGAACGACCUUCAAAGCACCCAGAAGGCCAUCUCCACGUCAGGAUACCCCCUGACUUUCACUCUGCAGCAGGGCUCGGUGUGGGUCAACAACGCUUCCCGGAUCGUGAAGAGCGACUACGUGACAUCCAACGGCGUCAUCCACCACCUGAGCGAUAUGCUGACUCCCUACCAGCUAAACAGCAAGGAACGCCUCCCCAAGGUGAUGAACUUCACUACAGCCGUGCAAUACUACGGCUACGGCAGCUUCUACCAACUGGUGGAGCGCGCCGGCCUGCUUCCACUAUUGCGUUCGCCGGUCCACCGGCCGUUCACCAUCUUCUGGCCCAGCGACAGGGCCUUGGCCUCGCUGCCCCCCGAAAGGCAGCGCUGGCUAUCUAGUCCCGAUCACCAGGAAGAGUUGGCCGCCACCAUCAAAGCGCACAUCAUCCGAAGCGCCAGGGUUCUGGGCGUCAGUCAGCCGACUAAGUACUCGUCCUUCCGCACCAUGCACGGAUCUAGGAUCAAGUACAGCUGCGACAAAAGCAUGGUGGGCGACAUAUUGAUCAACGAAAACGCGGCCAAGGUGGUGGAGCGCUACAUGAGCUUCGACGAAGGCGUGGCCUAUGGCAUCGACCAGCUGCUGGAACCUCCCGGAUUGGGGGCGCACUGCGACAGCAUCGAGAACAGGACAACAUAUGGGCGCUGCGGCCGUUGUCUGUUCCCCCCGCCCUGCCCCAUCCGCCAUCAGGAUACGGGCCGCGUGGAAAGCUGCUCCAGAGGGCGAAACAAGUACUCGCUGGGCUACAUGCACUGGGCGACCGAGCUGGACGACAGUCCCUUCGCCUCACUCAGCCGCCUCCGAGGCUUCGGCUGCAAGCGCGUGUGUCGCUACCCGGGCUGGGUCCAGAAGUGCUGUGGGAACCACUACGGCAGAGACUGCCAGGUGUGCCCGGGUGGCCUGGAGUCGCCGUGCGGCGGGAACGGCAAAUGCGAGGACGGCUUGAGCGGGACGGGGAAGUGCAACUGCUUAAGCGGCUUCGAAGGGAAGGCGUGCGAGAUGUGCGCGUCGGGACGUUACGGCGCAAACUGCACAGCAUGCGACUGCGGCAAGCAGGGACGCUGCGAUGAAGGAAUGGACGGCUCGGGCCGGUGCGUGUGUACGCCGGGCUGGAAAGGCGAGCGGUGCGAGAUCGAUUUAGGUUCCAUCCCCGAGGAGUGUCGUCCGUGUGACCUGCACGCCGAUUGCAUUCCAGGCGUGGGCUGUCAGUGCAAACCCGGGUUUGAGGGCAACGGCACCAUCUGCGUGCCCGUACCGCCUCCCGAUCUGUGUGCCGAGUACAACGGCAACUGUCACCAGGACGCCAACUGCACGCAGACGGGACUACGGGUCAACUGCACCUGUCGCAGCGGUUUCCAGGGCGAUGGCUACGCCUGCGACCCUAUCAACAGAUGUGUGGAGGAGGAAAAUGGCGGCUGCAGCGACUUUGCAAAGUGCAAGUUCACAGGCCCGAACGAGCGCGAGUGCGAGUGCUUGCCAGGCUACGUGGGUAACGGCAUCCAGUGCUUGGAGAAAGUGGUGCCCCCUGUUGACCGCUGCCUGGAGGAUAACGGCGGCUGCCACCCGGUGGCGUCCUGCAAGGACUUGCAUUACCACGCCAACACGGCGGGAGUCUUCCACCUGCGCUCGCCCGACGGCCGGUACAAGAUGAAUUUCAGUCAGGCUGGAGCCGCCUGUCGGGCCGAGGGAGCCACCCUGGCCGACCUCAAGCAGCUGGGGGACGCGCAGCAGCUGGGGAUGCACUUGUGCGUGGCCGGAUGGAUCGACGGCGGGAAGGUGGGCUACCCCACGCGCUUCCCAAGUAUGAAGUGCGGGGAAAACCACGUGGGAGUGGUUCUCUAUAAGGACCCUGUGGACCAGAGCAGCAUGUAUGACGCAUACUGCUAUAGAAUCGCAGAGGUUUCUUGUGAGUGCCCUGACGGGUACGUGGGUGACGGCGCAUCGUGUAACGGCGUCCUGACCGACGUGCUGGCGUCCUACAGCAACUUUUCCAUCUUUUACAAGUUCCUGUUGGACUACGGCGGUUUCUCCGCGCAGGGCCAGAACCUGAUUGAUUUUUUGUCGCAAAGGCAGUCCGAGGUGACACUGUUUGUCCCGCACGACGCCGGAUUCAGCCCCAGCCAGGUACUGUCAGGCCGAGACGUGGAGUAUCACAUCUCCACCAAUCACGUCAGACGACCAUUUAAGGAGCUGCGACACCAGGACGUCAUCCCGUCCAGGCUGGGCUUCAAUCUGUCCGUUACCCACGGCAACAACGAGAGUGUUAAACUGGUGAACCAGCGCCUCCUACUGCUGUGGGACAUCCCGGCGGUUAACGGCAUCAUUCACGUCAUCGAGGCGCCGCUUACGGCUCCGCCUCCUCAGGUUUCCCAUCACGCUUUGCGAGGCCACGUCCAUUCUAGCGGCACCGUGUCGGCCAUUUUGGUGUCGCUGCUGCUGACGUGCGUGGCGGCGGGGAUCGGAUACUACGUCUUCAAACACAAGACGGACGCCUUCAGAUUUCAGUACUUUAAAAAUGACGACGAGGACAACGCGGCAGGCGGUCCAUCAAAACCCGCCCUGGUAUCCAUCCCUAACCCACUCUACAGCGGCUCCAGAGCCUUCGCGGAACCUUUUGGGGAGAACAGUCAGGGGGCGGAGCCAGAUCAGGGGGCGGAGACGGCAGAACCUGAGGAACUUCCCAAAAUCCUGGACUUGGACCAGUAA